AUGUCGGUUUUCCUGCCCCCCGAGACCAUCACGGUCAAGCGCAAGCGUGGUGCCGAAGACGCGCCUGUCGAGUUCCUGAGGGUCGAGGGAAGCAAGCGUUCUCGCAACCUCAAUGGAGAAGGCAGCUGGGUAUAUCGGCGCAAACAAGAAACAGACAACACCAAUUCCCAGCCAGCCGUACCGACCAUCCAGACGACGCAAGAAGGCGAUGAGAAGAGACGCAUUAUCAAGCCUCUACCCCGUCCGAGAUCGCAAAUAAUUUCUCCCAAGCCUGACGCCACACCAUCCACCGAGCCUACAAAUGAACCCGCUCUUCGACGAUUCCACUUGUCCAAAAGCAUUGUGUCGCAAGCCGCAACAUCGGGACCCGUGUCCAAGAAGCGCGCCAGCACCGCCGUCUUCGUCGAGCGGAGUGCUAAGCGGAAGUCACUUCACGACAAUCAACCUCUCGAGCAGUCGAAACCAGCGAACGUCCAAAAUGGCCCAGCCGCCGUUCAGCCCAAGCCCUCGACCGGCUACACCUACCAGGCGCCUCCUCCAGCCGACCCCAACGGCACCGGCGCAAAGCGAUCAUUCAGGCGACCUGGCACCAGGCGCUCCCAACCCGCGGGCGAGUCGAAAGCCGGAACAUCUCACCCUGCUCUUCCCCCGUCACUGGUCAACCGCAAUGUCAACGUCGACAUGGAUCAGCUCGCCCAGGAUAUGGACGCCUACACACUCAGUGCCAUCACUAGCCACCUGAGCAAGUUAGAUGAGGCAAGCGCCAAGGAAGCAGAGAAGAAAUCCAAGUUCAAGCCCAAGGCUCCCGCGCUGAGGUACGCGCAACGACACCCGGAGGCUGCGGCUGCGGCUGCUCCUGCCACUCAAGCUGCUGCUUCUACGUCUGCGCAACCGCCGGUGGAUGAUGAUGUGGACAUCGAGAUGCUCGACACCUCGGACGAUGAGGAUUACGUCAUCGAGCAAUACUACCGAGUGCCCGCCAGCCGGCUCAACGAGGAAGAGGUUGCAGCUACGCAGGUCGGUCUGCUGGUGUUCGAUUCGGAGCCCGACAAGAUCGAGUUCUUCUUUGGCACGGAGGAUGAUGACGAGUAUGAGUUCCCGGAGGAUGAAGAUGACGAGAACCACGAGAACUACUACGCAGCCGACUACCCAGACGAAGACCUCGAGUGGGACGAUGAACUUGACCGCAACCCGUACGAGUACCGCACAGGCAACGCCUCGGACAGGGAGGAGUUCGACGCGGAGCUGGAUGACAACGACGACGAUGACUUUGUCGAAGCUGACGAGAGGUUCAUGGACCAUGUCUGGCAAACUAGUAGUGAGAUGGCAGACAUGGUUACGUAUGCGAGGGGGUAUGAUGGUGAUAGGCCGGAGCCUGCGGUGGCUGGGUUCCCGAGGGGGUUUCCUUAUGAAUAG